AUGGAGAAGACUAUGGGGAAGGAUAUAGACAGUGAGAAGAAUCAGGAAAUGGAUGUUGACAUGUCAAAUUUGGAAAAGAAAGUUAAGGAGAUAGAAAGUAAUACUGAUGAUGAUGGAUCUACUGAAGAGGAAGAGGAAAAUGAUUCUAGUGAGGAUGAUACUAGUGUGGAUAAGGAAAUUGAGAUAGAAGAAGAGGCUAAUGAUAUGAUUAAUAUGGAAGCUAGUUGCAAAGAGAAGUCAGAUGCUAAGAAUAGCAAAAAGGUUGAAGGUGGAAUGCAGGGGAAUUUGUUGAACUCUAAUGCAGGUGUGCUAAAGGGUAAUAGACAUAAGGGUAAGAUUAAUGUUAGAUUCAUUCCAGGGGAAAAUGAUGAAGAGGAUGGACCUGUUAUUAUUCCGAUUGAGAAUCUAAAGAAUGCAAGUAUUCCUUUUACUAAUACUCUUUAUGGAUAUAUGAUUGAUAAGAAGUUGGCGUUUCCUGUGAUUCAGAAAGAAGUUAGAAGGUUGUGGAAGAAUGUGGGUCUGGAAGAGGUUUUCAUGAAUAUCAAAGGAUUUUUCUUCUUCAAGUUCAGUGAUGAGCAGGGGAUGUUGUCUAUUUUGGAGGGCAGUCCUUGGUUAAUGUUUAAUAAUAUACCACUGUUUCUUCAAAGGUGGAGGCCAGGUUUGACAUUAACUAAGAACAAGCAUGAUAAAAUCCCGGUAUGGAUUAAAAUCUUUGACUUGCCUUUGGAAGUAUGGAGUGGUGAAAACUUAUGUAGAAUUGCUAGUAAGAUAGGGAUUCCUUUGGCUUUUGAUUCAUUUACGGAGGAAAUGUGUUUGGAACAUAAAGGAAGGAAUGCUUAUGCUAGAAUUCUUGUUGAAAUGGCAGCUGAGAAGGAAUGGAGAAAGAAGAUUGAUAUUUCUACAUGGGAUUUUGUUACAAACUCUGCUGUGAUACAAAGUUUUGAUGUUGAAUAUGCUUGGAUUCCUUCUAGAUGUAAUCAUUGUAAAGUUUAUGGGCAUAUGGAUAAAGUUUGUGCUGCUGCUAUGAAUGUUGAAAAAGAGGCUGGAAAUGAGGAUGUGAGAAAUUUAAAAAACAAUAAAGGGAAAGAAGUGGUUAAUGGGGAUGGAUUCACAGAAGUCAAAUAUAAGAAGGUGAUAGGUAGCAAUAAUGGUGAAGGCACUAGCAAGGCUCAGGAGGGUUAUAACAAAUUGAAUAGUCUGAAGAAUAAUGGGAAGAAUGGGAAUUGGAGAAGGGGUAAUUAUUCAAAUGGCAAUGAUGGGAACAGAGGUGGAAGUGGUAAAGGGCAAAAUUGGAAUUGGAAUAAUAAAGGAGAUUUGAUUGGUAGUCAGGGGCUGAAGGAGAAUAAUAUGCAGGAGUAUAUAAUUAAAAAGGAUAAUAGGAGAGAGGAGGGCAAUCAUAGUCUUGUUAGUGUGACAAAAACAGGAGAAGGAUUUAGUAAUAAAAACAGUUUUGAAUUUUUGGGAGAGAUUGAAGAGGAUGUUUUGGAUAAAAUGGAAGAGGAUGCUAAAAUAGAGAAGGUUGUCAUUCAUCAAAUUGAAGAUUGUGGUAGCGUUGAUAUGGGUUCUAAUGAAAGUAAGAAGGAUAAAAUGAUCUCAUUAACUAAGGGAGAGGGGAAGACAAAAGAAAAUGAAAGUAAUGAAAUAAAGAAAGACAGGAAGGUAUCGGAUAACAAUAGCAGCAAGAUGGGGAGUUCUCAGGCAUUUGAGGAGUGGGAUUGGAUUUCUAAUAAUAGAAGCUGUGAAGCUGGUACUAGAAUAAUAGUGGGGUGGAAUCCUAGACUUUUUGAUGUGAUAAUGCUUUCUCAAUCCAAACAGGUUAUCCAUUGUUAUGUUAAAGUUUGUAAUUCUGAUGUUGGCAUGUAUUUAUCUUUUAUAUAUGCUGCUUCGAAUUAUAUUGAAAGAAGAUUGCUAUGGGAUAAUUUGAAGAAACAUAGUUUGGUUGUUAAGAAGGAAGCAUGGGGUUUAUUAGGUGAUUUUAAUGUUGCUAUAAAACCAUCGGAAUAUUCUGAAGGCUGUUCUAGAACUCCUAAAGGAGUUGAAGAUUUUGUUGAUUGUUUAAGUUUUAUUGAAGUGGAGGAUUUGAAGUCUUAUGGGUUUCAGUUUACAUGGAAUAAAACUCCUGCUGGGAAUAUGGGGCUAUUGAAGAAGCUUGAUAGAGUUAUGGUCAAUUUAAAAUUUAUUUCGGACCACCCUCUUGCCCAUGCUGUUUUUAAGCCAUAUAGAAAUUCGGAUCAUUGCCCUGCUAUUUUAAAUUUUCCUGGAGAUAAAGUAAAAUGGAAACCUUCUUUUAGAUUUGCUAAUUUUAUUUCUGAUAAGGAGGAGUUUCUUCCUUUGGUUAAAGAGAAGUUAAGGAAGGAGUUGGAAUGUAAACAACAAGAAAUUGACAGUAAUCCUUUUGAUUGCAAGAUUAGGGAAGAGCAUGCUAAUAUUCUCUUUGAGUUUAAUGUUGCUUGUAAUGAGGAAGAAAAACUUCUUGCUCAGCGUGCUAAAAUCAAAUGGUUACAGGAUGGGGACAACAAUUCUAAGUUCUUUCAUAGGAUUGUUAAAAGCAGGGGAAACAAUAAUCGUAUUCAGAUGGUUCUAAAUGAAGAUGGUCAAUGGGUGAGUGGGAAGGCUAUGAAAGAAAAAUUUGUAUCUCACUUUAAUAAAUUCUUGGGCUGUAAGGAUGAUACUGAUCUAUCAGGAUUAAGUGAUGAUUUUUUUCCUAAAAAACUGGACAGGAGGGUGGCUGUUAAUAUGAUUAGAGUGGUUUCUGAUGAAGAAAUUAAAUUGGCGAUGUUUGAUAUAGAUGACAAUCGUGCCCCUAGACCUGAUGGGUAUUCUUCAAAAAAUUUUAAAAGUACUUGGAGCAUUGUUGGUCCAGAGGUAUGCAAGGUUGUGAGAGAAUUCUUUUGGACUGGAAAAUUGCAGAAGGGGAUCAAUGCUACUAGAAUAGUUUUGGUUCCUAAAAUGGAGGUUCCGAGGAAAGUUUCUGAUUUUAGACCUAUAGCUUGCUGUAAUACUUUUUAUAAGUGUAUCAGUAAGAUUAUAGUGAACAGGAUUAGAAAUUGUUUGGGCGAUAUUGUUAGUAAUAAUCAGUCAGCUUUCAUUCCUGGAAGAUCUAUAUUGGACAAUAUUCUUCUUGCUCAGGAGCUGAUGGUGGGGUACAAAAAAAAGAGAGGAGCCCCUAAAUGUACGAUAAAGAUUGAUAUACAAAAGGCUUAUGAUACGGUGGAUUGGAGUUUUCUUAAUAGAAUUUUGCAGGGAUUUGGGUUCCAUCCAGUCAUGGUUAAAUGGAUUAUGGCUUGUGUUUCUUCCCCGUGGUUCAUGCUUAAUUUUAAUGGUGAAGAUCAUGGGUAUUUUGAAGGAAAGCGUGGGCUUAGGCAUGGAGAUCCUUUAUCUCCUUACCUAUUUACUAUAGUUAUGGAGGUAUUCAAUAUUAUUAUGGGCAAGCUUAUUGAAGAUUCUCUGAAUUUUAAGUUCCAUAGUAAGUGUUUGGGCCUCAAUAUUUCCCAUUUAUGCUUUGCUGAUGAUCUGUUGGUUUUCGCUUAUGGUAAUGGGAAUUCGGUUAGAAUUAUAAGAAAUGCUCUUGAUGAAUUCAAAAAGGUUUCGGGGCUGAAGGUGAGUAUGGAAAAAAGUCAGAUUUAUUUCAGUUGUGUUAAGCCUAAUAUGAGAAGGAUUAUUUUGGGUAUUCCGCCUUUUGAUGUUUGGAGAUUUCCGUUUAAAAAUUUGGGAGUUCCUAUGUGUGUUACUAAGUUGUUUGAUAGAGAUUGUAAAAAGUUGAUUGAAAAGAUUAAGAUGAGAAUUUUCAACUGGAAAUGUAAAACCUUAUCGUUUGUUGGCAGAUUACAACUCAUUAACUCGGUCUUAACUUCUAUUCAUGUUUAUUGGGCAUCGAUAUUUAAAAUUCCAAUUGCUACUAUUAAUGAGAUUGAAAAGAUGUGCAGAAGUUUUUUAUGGGCUAAUGGUGAGAUAGUCAAAGGGAAAGCUAAAGUUAAGUGGCAAGAUAUCUGCAAACCUAAGGAGUAUGGCGGGCUUGGAAUCAAGAAUUUAAGGAGAUGGAACGAUGCUUUGCUUGCUAAACAUGUUUGGAAUGUGAUCAAUAACAAAAAUUCCUUGUGGGUGCAGUGGGUGAAAACCAAUUAUAUAGGAAGUAGGAAUUUUUGGGAUAUUUUGCAGAAAAAAGUAUGA